AUGUGUCAAGACUGGCCGACGAGAUUGCGUCAAGUCAAGUCGCAGUGGGUGCACCAGUUUUGUGAAGCUGGAUUCGCGCCUUCAUGUGGUCCACAUUACCAGUCGACCCUAGGCCGCAGACUCCAUGGCCUCAAACUGUUCGAAUAUUCACGGAGCAAGCCCAAAACUGAGCUAAGAGUCUCCCUUUGGAUCGGAGAAAAGAAGAUAGAGAGUUCGCGGAUCGAGAAUUCCUGCAAAAGCCCUCCUUCACAGGGAACAUCGAAGUCUAAUCGUCAACCUGUGAGCGUAAGAGGACCAUGA